GCCCGGAUCAGUUCCUCUGCGCGACGGUCGAGUUUGACCUCCCUACUCAAACACCCUUGUAACAGGCCUUUCCAGCCGGCAAUUCGGAUCACUAGACAUGAUCAGAGAUACUCACAGGGUAUUUUCUCCAUGUAUAAGCCGGACAAGCGUCUCCCUGGUACGGUUCCCCUCUACCCUCCCCUUCCCCUUCUUUACCUUGCCGCCAUUUUGCCGACAGCCCAGGGCCGGUGAUGCAACAGGUCUCCGAUCACUGCCGUUCACGUUCAGGCUCCCUCGACUCACCAAGUGCCGACAAUGUCGACGACUAUUUGUUACCACAAGCGACACGACCAGGCUUUGAAAAGAGGCCCCCGUACACGAGACGGCGACAUCUCCGCUUCGCAUUACUGGCACUUCUGCUCCUCGUCUCUGUAGUCCUUGUAUGGAUCUGGUUGUUUCUCAAGGGUCGCGUCGGCAUAGCCGAGCCCAUUCUGCGUGUACUAGCAAAGGAGUCUGGGCUUCCGCCGUUGUACUCCGAGUACCAUCAGCUAGAGCUCAGCCUACCUCAGCACAACGUCGACGCGCAGUCAUCCGAUGGGCAAGGGGUGAAGUAUCUGUGGGUCGCAAACCAUAUACGAGGCAAUGGCUGGGGCAAUGCGAUGCAAGACCUACUCCUUAAUGCCUAUCUGGCUUACCGGGCUAAUCGGUCCUUCGUCUUCAAUAAUUACACAUGGGAAGAGGGUGUUUCAGACUACUCGCUCUACAACUUUAGACCUAUCCCUUCACGGAUACCUUUGACUGCAUUGAUCCAAGGGCCUAUCGUCGGUGCUCCUUUCGCGGCACAUCCCGAGAGCCCGCGAGCUGUCAUGAAGGAGUUUUGGGACAAAGUCUGUCCCAACCCAACGGUCAUCCGAAACGACGACGUCCUCGCUAUGAUGGACAACGAUAAGGAAUCCACAGCUUCCUCAACGCUCCAGAAAUGGCUCGAGGUACUGGGUGCGAUUGAAGACCCGUGUGUGGAGGUCGCACAAGAUCCGCGGCAGAUCUUCGACAUAUGGAUUCUUCAGGAUGCGAACCGUCUGCUGGACGAAUGGCCCGCGUUCUCACAGUCGCCCGUUAUGACUGAAUUUGGGUGGUCGCCUCUGGUGGAGCUGGCGUUCGAUAUGAACCGCGAGAUGAUCGCGCCGACGACCGUUCUGCAACCGUACCUAUCCUCGACCUCGCCUAGCGUCAUGAAGAGCUCCGAGAGAUACGCCAACUUGCCGGGGCUUCUGGCCGUGCAUAUCAGGCGCGGAGAUUUCGUGCGGCACUGCAGACGGCUCACCGAGUGGCAGGCCAAGUUCAUUGGCUAUAAUGCCUUCCCAACGUUUCCCGACAAGUUAUCUGUACCUGGAGACACGCCGCCAACGACACGGGCGGAGAUGUAUCGACUGCAUUGCUUCCCCGAAAUCCAAGAGAUCGUGCAGAAGAUUGAGGAAGUGAGGCGUUCCGAUGCUGGCCGGGGGAUCGAGAACAUCUACAUCAUGACGAACGGUCCGACGCCCUGGAUAGCCGAUCUUAAGCAAGCACUACUGGACUCGUUCGAGUGGAAGAGGAUCACCAGCGGUAGGGACAUCCUAGUGAAUCAUGAGCAGGAAUACGUGAAGCAAGCGGUCGACAUGCUCAUUGGGCAGAGAGCACAGGUCUUUAUUGGCAAUGGGGUGCGU